AGACAUUAGUUGGCAGAAGAAAUAGCUUAGUAGACAUGGUUGUCAACAUCCCAGGAGUAAUAGCAAUGCUGGUUUUCUACAUGCUGGUUCUGGGUACAGGUAUCUGGGCUUCUUUCAAGUCAAAGAGGGAACAGAAGAAAAAUGCAGCCACAGAAAUGGACAUGGCCUUGCUGGGAAAUAGAAACAUCAGCUGGGUGGUGGGAAUCUUCACAAUAACCGGUAAGAGCUGCACAACAAAGAGGAGGGAAGAAGUCAAAUGGAAACUGUGUUUUAUAAACAAAAUCAUAGUUGAUUUACUGACAAAACUUUAAUGUCAAAGUAUGGAAUUUGUCUUGCUUCAGCUUCUGCUCCAUUUACAAAAUAGAAAAGAUAACACAGAAAAGACAUACACAUUAAAACCAACAUUUCAAACAUCAGACAUCACAUUUAGAGGCCUCUGACAUACUCUUAAAUACUGAACUUAAUAUUCAUCUUAAGAACUGAAGAGUGUAAAAGAGUGUUCAAUUUGAUCAUAAUCAGAAUAUGGGACCCUGUAUUAUGUAUAUAUAUAUACCCUGCGUACAGCUGAUAAUGUGGAACAAUAGUAAAAUAUGCCUGCAAAGACAGCUAAUAACAAGCUUGAACAUGUCAGUUUAAUGGAAAUAAUGUUCAUUGUAGAAGCAUUACAGAAGGUCUUCAUCCAAAAAAAGGAUUUGUCUACCACUGAUAAUAAAUUUUAUUUAAUUUUUUUCUAAAUAUAUAUUAAUUCAUGUAUUAUGAUCCCUUUCCAAAACAAAUGAUCUGUGCUAUUAGAGUAAAAGGUAAAUUAUGGUACAGAAGAGACUAAUUCUAUACAAUGAAAAAAAGUUGUAAGUAAGUUGUAAUUUUUAAUUCCCUUGAAGACUCACAGAGAAAACAAACAAAACAAAAAAGCAGGAGUCAAAAACAAUAACAUAUAGAAAUGGUUUUUUUGUCUGUAUACAUUUUGAAGUCCACUGUAGAGUCAAUAUCGUAUCUCCUUGCAGCAAAACACAAAAAUCAAAAUUCCAUUAAGCAAUUCGAUGUUUUGAAUAAGUUGACAUGCCAGCAAAUCUUAUUAAAAUAAUCUGUCAACAAACAAUAUGCUAUACUGUAAAAGUAGACUGCAAUCUGGGCUCUUAUUAAAACAUUCAUGCAGCUAUUAUGAAAUCCAUGCUUAAGUAUACUCAGUAAGUCUUUGAUUAAUGAUUGCAAUUUAUUAGAAGAGAUGAAGAGUGUAACAACAAGGGCACUUUUGAGGCUGUUUGUGACCAAACACAAAGUGAAGAAACCCACUAAAAACAGAUGCAUUUCACAAAAAAUAGAGUUGUCUAGCAGAGUGCAGAAUAAAAACUCAACUACUAAAACUAAGUAACUAAGCAUAACUACUUAUGCUUGUAUGGACAGGAUGCAAAUGCAUCGUAAAACAUGGCCACACAUUCUGUUUUUGUAACAAUCUAAAGACUGCCUCUUUAUAUGCCUUCAAGUCAUAACCUAAAUCAACUUUGGAUCAAACCAAUUAAAACAGUGAGUACUAGUUUCAUCAGCCAGCUCCAGAAACUCAGCUUCUAAUGAGGUAUGCGAGUUGAGUUGUUGUCACAUAGCCCCCACAGUUAGGAAGCUUAAUGUUGUUACCCUAACACUAACAGCAAAGUUCAGUCCAAAGGGGAAAAGUAAAGGGAUUGUUAUAUUUCCCUGGGUUUGUCAUGGUCAAGCCAUGUGAUUGUGUGUCUUACUCUUGAUAUUUUACCAUGUCUUUAGUUUUGACGUACAUUGUAUUGUGUAACCAGGUGCUGAAAGCUGUUAGAUCACCUCCAGUCUAUUGUCAUUAUGGGCGGGGAGUCUUCUGAGACAAGCUCCUUUUUAUGUUUUCCCACAGCCAUCCGGGAAUCUCUAAUCACCUGAGGGGUUUUUGGGAGUCGUCAAGAAGCAAUUCCUCAUUUUUGAAAUGCUAACCAAAGGCUUUCAGGUUUAACAAGAUAAACAACAGAUUAUUCUUAUUGCUUGUCUUGUGAUUUCCAAGACACUGAGUUAGCUACACAGCUUUAAAAUUCUACCGCCGAGCCAAGGCUGCACCAGUAGGCCUAGGAAUACUGAUUGGUGGAAUGAGACACAAUAAUUUGGGAAAAAACUGACACCAGAUGCAGCAUGUCUCAAGAAAAUGAUACUGGGCCCAACACUAACUCUCAAGAGACACCACAAGUAGGAGGGGUGCCUCAGAGGGAUAAUCACUCAGAUAGACAGGGAGAUAAACCUCUGUAUCUCUGGAAGGACUGAAGAGCAACUGAAAAUGCCUCAGUGAACUCCAGCACAGUUUUUCAAACUUCUUGCCCAUCAAAUGACUUAGGUAGAACAAACACUCUCAUAAUACUCAUCAUUUCCUGUUUUGCAUGUCCCUGUUUCAAAAUCUUGUUUAAAAAUGUAAUGUAAAGUUGUCAUAGCAUAAACUUUUUGAUUAUUUUAGUCCAAGUUCCAGUGAAAGGUAUUAAAACCAUGCGUGAUGACAUGAUACAACAGAGCUGACUGGGGAAAUUAGUGAAACCUCUUGAAUGUAACCAAGCUAGACGAAUAGCGUAAAGGAGUUGGGCCACCAAACAAAAACUGAAUUGUCUGAAAUAUUUUUUAACUCAGAUAUUUUUCCCAGAAUUAUAAAAUUAUCCCGAAAAUCAGACUUUUUUCUCAAAAUUUUGCCUUCGCCUCCUUAGAGUUCUGACUUUUCAGAAUACUGAAAUUAUUCUCAUAAUAUAAAAACAUAACAUAAAAGAUUCCCAAUUUUGAAAGCAAUCUGAGACAAAAAUUCCUAAGACUUCCUAAGAAUUCUACCUUUAAAUUUGGAAUUGUAACUUUUCCCUCAAAUAAGGCAGUGGUUAAUUACUUCCCGUUUCUUUUAAUUGGUAUAUGUCAGCGAUGUCUUUUUUUGAUAACUGAAAAAUUACUUUUAAUAUGACAUUUUGCCAUCAACAGUUUUUCAUAAUGUUACUAUGAUAUGACUUUUUCUUUACACAGUGCUCUUUGCUGUUUCUACAUUUAAUUUUUUACUGUUAAACACUGUCACUGUUUUACUGCAGCUACGUGGGUUGGAGGAGGCCUUAUUGUUGGUACAACUGAGAUGGUGUACACGCCUUCAAUGGGACUAACCUGGGCCAUCACGAUGAUAUUGGCAUACAGCGCAUCUUUCAUCGUUGGUAGGAUAAUUAUUUUAAGAGAUACUGCAUUUCAAUAUAAAAGACCAAAAGCUACUAAACAUUUAAAGCUAGACAUAUUGGGACUUAUUUCCUGCCUUUUUGACACAUUUCUCAGUCGGAGGGCAUGCCUUAUUGAUUUCACACUCAGAUUUUUUUGUGCCUUCUCCCAGUUUGACCUUCAUAUUUGCUGUGUUUGUGCAUAAAGUGUAUGUUUUCACUCACAAAUUGCGCAGCUCUCCUUGUCCUUAGGUUGUCAAACUCUGGCUCUUUUCUCUGAUUUGCGCAAGAACCUAGUCUGACUUCUCCCAACCCUCCGCCUUAAUUUUUACACAGAGCAAAGGGAGCAGAAGGACCAGAGGAAUUACCUGUAACAGUGUCCUUGUUGAUUAACAACUCAAUUUAACAGUGGCUGUUUCAUCGCACUAGCUUCCAAGUAAUUUUCUUGCAUGUAAAACAAUUUACUAAGUUAAUGAGUUGGCAACCAGCCACAGUCAAAGUGAAUCUAACUCAUCUAAUGUCAACUUUUUCAAUACUAAAAGAAACUUUUUUUGGUAGAAACGUUGUCACCAAAUAAGGCAAACUAAGCUGUGUCAUGAUAUGACCACAUCUUGACACCUGAAGAGUUUCCAACCAUGCAAGGGUUAAUGAAAAUAUGAACAAUUUAAUAGAGAAAUAUCUUAAAUUUAAUAAUUAUUGAUAAGUUUUGAUAGACUAUGUACAUUCACAUAUUUCUUUUGUGUGCUUUACUUGACUUAUUCACCAAUUAGGAAGCAUUUACCCUGAUAAAUAAUUGUUACGUACUGUGUCCUUCUUUCAAUCAAGGUGGCUUGGUGUUUGCAAAGCCAAUGAGAGAAAAGAACUAUGUAACCAUGAUGGAUCCUUUUCAGAUCAAGUAUGGAACAGUACUGACAACUGGACUGUGCCUGACUUCACUCCUACUUGAUUUGGUCUUGGUGCCUACAAUACUCAUCGGUUUAGGUACUACGUGUAGGCACUUCAUGUACAAAUAAUCAUGUUUUUAUCAAUGGAUUUAAAGUGACUAACUAUUUUUAUAUCUGUUAUAUCAGUCAAUAAUUGUUUCUGCCUCAUACGUGGAUAGAUUGUUUUCAAUGAAAAUGAACAUGUAAUACCAAACAAGGGUUGUGUAUUUUGACUGACAUAAUUGGUUUGACAGGAGGAACCAUGAGUGUGGUCCUGGAUUUACCCUUUGCUGUUUGCAUCUGGAUUUCUGCAGCGAUCGCUAUCAUCUACACUCUGCUAGGAGGUCUGUACUCUGUGGCCUACACAGAUAUCAUACAGCUUGCCCUCAUUUUCUUCAGUUUGGUGAGUUCGUCGUAGAUACUUCUGUAUUUAAAGAGUGACUGGCUUAUAGAUUUAAGGAAAUACUUGUUGAUGAGUCAUCUAAAAAUUGAAAAAGACACCUUUAAAUUUUUUUUGUUAAAUAUCUUCAUUUCUGUUUUCCUCUCUGCAGUUGCUCUGUGUUCCUUUCGUUUUGAUGAACCCUUUUACCCUGAACAUUAGCCAGACAUUGACGAACAACACCUUACAUGCUCCUUGGAUUGGUUCACUAGGACUGGACAAGGCCUGGAUAGUUAUUGAUAACUUCUUGUUCUUUGUAAGGAAGGAAUCAAAAGUCUUUUGGCUGAUUUAUGUCUCCCUGUUAUUUUUUUUUAUUUUUUAUUUUUUUCAGAUACCCCUAGAGUCAAGAUUAAUACCAUAAAUACUGAAGAGGAUGUUUCUAAUUUUUAUGUUUAUAUGAAUAUGAAUAUAAAGUUAAAUUUGUUUUCCCUUAAUAUGUAGGGAAUAUAAUAGGUAUUCCCUCUUAUCUGAAUUUGCUAUCAUGUUAACCAGUGGCAAAAAAGCAGGAUUUACUCCAUUAGGAUGCCAUAAAAGUGACUGAAUUAAUCAACUUACUGUUUAAUGUUGUAGGCACUUGGGAGUCAGGGUUAUCAGUGCUUCCACCAGAGAACUUUAUCAGCUUCUUCCUCCACCACAGCACAGCUCACAUGCCUGGUUGCUGCUUUUGUCUUUUUUCUGUUUGGGAUACCUCCCAUACUGCUUGGGGCAGCGGCUGCAUCCACAGGUAUUCAUUCAUCAUACACUGGACAAUGUUGUUUAUAAAAUUUGUAAAAAAAAAGAUUUUAGAAAUUAUAAAAUGUUGGCAAAGUACCCUCUUACUUUACGGUGGUCAUAAAGGACAUUUACAUUGCAAAAACACAUUAUGGCAAAUGCUACAGCAAGGCAUACUAACAAUGCCACAGCUUCACAAAACAACAUUUCAUUGUAAAUAAACAUUACUGUAGCAGAUCUCUAGGCUUCCAGAGGGCACCAAGUGAAACUGAUUCAUAUUGGACAUGAGAGACAGAAAAAGUGUUAAAAUUCUUGACUCCACUGGAUCACUUGAUGGUAAAACUUUACAAACUACUGUGUAUGAAACUGGACUGUAUCUCAGUGAUAUCACCAACUGGUUUCUGAAGCAGAGUUUUGUAGCCAACAGGUGGCAGUCGCCACAUUGUGAAUGCUGGUUCAGCCUAACAGGCAAAGGGAAAGAGUGAAGGGGGGCCCUCAGCCUCUUCUCUGACUUUUUUUUUUUUUUUUUAAAUCGUAAGCACGUUUGUUUGCUUUAAAGACUAGCUUUAUGAAUAGGUGUGUAUGGGAUUUUCACUACUUUUACAGCUGGCCUCAAGUGCACAUUUAAGGAACUGAAGUUCUUGGCACUUUUGUGCUGAUUGCUUGGCAAACUCUUAAUGCUUUACAGAGUUGGAAAUUAAACAAUAAUAGCAUAAACAGCAUUACAAAAAGAGGCAACUAAAAACAGCAAAAAAUUACUUUGGUAAUGUUGUGGUUCAUCCUGCGUUGUAGUCAGUGGUCACUCUGUACAUUUUCGUCUUCUGCCUUUCAUGUCUUAGACUGGAACCUGACCACCUAUGGGUCUCCAUCUCCAUAUGAACGUGGGGAAGCGGCUCUGGUUUUGCCCAUCUUGCUCCAACAUCUGACCCCCCCCUUCAUCUCCAUUAUCGGCAUGGGAUGUGUGGCAGCUGCCGUCAUGUCAUCGACUGACUCGGCUUUGCUCUCUGCGGCUUCUAUCUUCAGCUCCAACAUCUACAAGAACAUCCUCAGGCCUCAGGUGAGAAAAUACAAUGGUGCUUCAGUUUUAGCAUUGUCAGUGUCAAGAUGGGUAAACAAAGUAAAAAGUUGAGUAAGGAAGUUAUAAUAGCGAGAGAUGUAUUUGCCAGCAGGGUAGUCUUCUUCGCUGCUUACCUUUCAUCCUUUUUCUCUCCUCUUUACUCCAGGCGUCAGACAGAGAGAUCCAGUGGGUGAUCCGUGCUGCAGUGGUAGUAGUAGGCCUGGUUGGUACAUCACUCACCAGCCUGAAAAAUAGCGUCAUUUUGUUCUGGUUCCUUGGUGCUGAAGUGGCCUAUGUGAUAGUUUUCCCCCAGCUAAUCUGCGUCCUCUUCUUCAACAUCUCCAAUGGAUAUGGUGCUAUCAUGGGCUUUCUGAUAGGAGUAGUGUUGAGACUGCUCAGCGGGAACCCAACACUAGAGUUAACACCAGUCAUACACUUCCCAGGAUGCACUCUUGAGGAUGGCGUUUACGUCCAGUAUGCUCCUAUUAAGACCAUUGCCAUGCUGGCUGCUGUUGCUGCUAUCUUGUUUUUUUCCUACCUGACCUCACUGCUCUUUAGGAAAGGAUGGCUUCCUGAGAGGUGGGAUGUGUUCCAGGUGAAAAAUCAGCACUCCCCACAACGGCCAUCAACACAAGGAGGAGCCACAGAACAUGACAAGAAUGAGAAACUGAAUGGAAAAAACUCUCAGACUGAAGCAUCAGAGCCGAUGAUUAGUACCACCUGUUAGUAUUUUGAGUUUGCUUCGAUAUUUGUUUAUUUGGGACAGUAUUUAGAAAUAUACUGUCCCAAAUAAUAAGAGCUCUAUGCACAAUGCUUAGGAGAGCUAUACAUCCAAACCCCAAAGUAUCUUUUAACUUGUAAAAAAACAAACUUUACCCCAAGCAGAGAUUUUUUUGUAAAAUUUGAAAUAAAUAAUAUUAGCUUCUUGUCUCUAUGUUACAACUUGCAGAGGAAGUAGGAUUUAAACUAACAUAAUGUAAAGCAAUUUGAUCUAAAUCUACUGUCUUUGUCUCUCCCUCCUCCCUCUCUGCUGCCUGAGGCGUGAGAGGAAAGUUACAGAGAUGUAUAGGAUCCACGUUUUCAAAACAUACCCUUGAGCUUGAGUCACUACACGACUCAGUGAGAACAACCCUGAUCACAUGUGAUGAUGUAACUCACAACCUUUGAACAGAGUCAGAUUUUGUGCAAGAAAAACUACAGGAUAAACCUAAAGACUCAAACCUUCAGUUGUUGUCUACGUUUUCUCCUUCACACUUUGUCAUCCUUCGUUACUCUUGUGUUAAUGAUAUGCAAACAAUAUGCCCUCUUUUUGUUUUACCAUAAGUAAAGAAAAAAAUGUAGACUGUCAAGUAAGGGCUGCACCUCAAUAUGAUAAUGGGGAGAAGGAUUGGAAGGAUGGUAUGAAAGAGUAUAUUUAACUGUUUUGUACACCUAUAGUGUAAAAUUAGCUGGUGGUUAUCUUAUUUUUGAUCAUUGUUAUAAUUUUGACAUCUUUUUGACUGUGAAGCCUUUCUGUCUAUAAAAGUUGCUAUAUGCAUAAACUUGACUUACUAGUAACUUGUAAUAAAUAAAAGUCAUAAACCUGCAAAACAA